GUCCGCUCUGCGAGGCUGUAGAGGAGCUGUCUGGGCAGCUGCAGCCCUGGCGCGUGGCUUAGGAUCCCACUGCGAUAUUUGUGGAGGUACAUGUUGUGCCAGCUAAUGCCACUCGAUAAAAGGGGAGCUACUUAGAUCGAUGUGACCCCCGUUUCCACCUGCAGACGGAGGGGCUCCCAUCUUUACUGGCACCUGAUGUCACGAGUGUUGGCAUCCUCUUGCUCCCUCUGGUUCCUGCUUCGUUUCGCAGGUCUGGCUGCAGCUCCUCCAGGCAUUUCUGAUCGUCUGUGCCUGCCACCCUCAGCCUCUGCGGUGUUGUGUUGUGUCGCUGUGGCAGAGCAGCACGUCGGCGCGGCUCGGCUGCUCUAACCACAGUCUUUGUGAACAGAUGGGUUUGUUUAAUAAGCCGAGAGGAGAAAGGAAUGGUUGCAGGAUAUGAUCUAUCCGCUGCCUUUUUUUCUGGGGGAAAAGUACUGUGAGCUUCUACUCUGCCGUGCCCGCAGCAAUCUUGUAAUUCACGUGUACUUGUUGUUCCACUUGAGUUUAGGUGCAGGUAAAUUUUUAGAGGCUGUUAUACCUACAAGUUGAGGGAGAAAAGAUUUCCCUCCCAAGCUGUGUAGCCUUUUUGGUUGAUGGGCUUGAGGGCAGCAAUAAAUCCCUUUUCCUAGGAGGGAUUCAUUUGAUCUAGCCGCUGUCCCUCGUACUGGUCUCUGGCUUGAGAUGUGGAGAGUUUUGCUGGGCAGGGGCUGGGAGGAUGCUUUGUACUCCUCUUCCCCAGCUUUCUUCAGCCUUAAUCUUGAUGCUUUCGUGUAACUUCUGAGCCCUGUGGUCCUUCCAGCAGGUCGUAUCCUGAGCCUCCUUGGAGGGGUUGGUUCCUCACUGAGCCCCUUAUACUCAGAGCACCCCAGCCUUCACCAGAGGUUAAGCGUGGGAGAGAGAUGAACAAAGUUGCGUCUGGUACCUCCAGGUGGUUAACCUGGUUUUGGGCUGCAGGGAAGGAACGGUUGCCGCAAACAGGCGCGCGGCACAGGCGCUGGCAGGGUCCCUUAUCCCAAAACCUGUUGUCCUGGAGGAUGCGGGUGGUUUGCGUUUGAUCCUCGAGAAAUGGCGAGUCCGGCAGAGCUGCCAUCCCACAGGUCGUGGCUUCCAGCCGUCUUCCCCCAAAACCAAACCCAGAUCAAGCUGGCGUCAUGCAGACCAUGAAUGGCUGGACCGUGCAAGGCCUGGCUGUGAUAUUUUCUCAGGAAAACCACGUCUUGCGAGGGCAUGGUUGUACCCUACACUCAACUCUCUUGGGUUUCAUCCUCUUUGUAUCCAACCUCUCCAGUUUACCCAGCUGCUCUGCUCCAGCACACUUACAGUACCUCUUGGUCCAGGUUACCUCCUAAUUUACUGAGCUCCAUCCUCACCGUUGUUAUGGAUAGCAGCAAGCAGAACCAGACCUUGGGCCACCCUUUUAAUACUUAAUUGCAUUCGGGAGGAUGAUUUGAUGAUUAUUUUGAUCAUUUACCUCUCUUGAGCUGUUUUAAAUAUAUUUUUCCUAGAUGAGACUCUGAAAUCCCUGCUGUUGUCCUGAGUUUCGUGUUGCGACGUUCUCGCUUUGGUUUAAAGCACCAGGAAAAUGCUCCCCCAAAACUUUCUGGGGGUGUACCUACUUCACAGCCUCCAGCUCUCCCCACCCCGAGAGCGCGAAUCGCUGCGCCAGGUUCUUUUGGUGGCAUGUGACGGACUGAUUUUUUUUUUUUUUUUUUAAUUUUUUUUCCUGAAUCGCGGGGUUUUGUUAUGUUUUGAGGGACGCGUUUGCAAUGGGGAAACGUCCCCUCUAGAUGGCAGAAAUGACAGCAGGAAAGCGCAAGGGGACCCGCGCUGCGGAGCGACAAAACCCAGAGGUCCGAGACACGGCGUUGGCCACAGUCCGGCGGUCUCCGGCCAUCGCGUGGGUCCUGCGUGGGACAUCACCAGGUGGAAAUGCCCGGCCGCUGCCUGCUCAGCCCUCCCGUCAACACCCCGAGAACCGCGCGGCUGCCAGCCCCGCGCCCAGCCUUCGAGCAUCCCUCCGGGAGAGGACAGAGAGGUGACCACCACGUGCCGGCUGCUGCUGUCUCACGCUGAGACACCCACCAACACCGACAACAGGGCUGUGGCCGGUCGUGCUGCAGGGCUUUUCCCUCCCCAGAAGGUCUCCGGUUAUGUGGUGAAGACCCGCAGCUCAGACUCACCUUUUUUUUUCCUGGCUGUGAAAGCAUUGUUCUUGGCUCCUGAAAGCAUCGCCGCAUUCUCAUUUUUUUCCGGACUUUUUGUGGGUGCUUAGAAGGAAAUGAAAAAAAAACAAAAGGAAAGAAAUCCUUGACGUCCCGGGGAAGGAUGGGUUUGCGGCAUUGGAUUCGGAGGAGCUCUCCCUGUCUCGGGAAACUUCCCCGGUGGAGGUCUCCACGUCAUCGUCUCCAGGCUGGUGCAGCGGGAAGAGAGCUCGGUUUGAAGGGAUGGGAGGGGAGGAAAAGCAGCGGCUGGGGAGCUCUCGGGGUGCUGCCUGCGGCUCCGCGCACCACGGCGGGGAAGGAUGGGACGUUUUUGCAAAGGACUGAUCCCAGCGCUUCUCCGCUUGGCGAGGCAAAGAGGGGCCAGGAGCAGCGGUGGGACCGGCCGUAGGGGUGCAGGCAGCUCGGACAGGACCUCCCGGCGGUGGGUGCCCGGUCGAACGCAGAGGCGGGGUUUGACAGAACUUUAAAUACUUCCCUUGAGCUCUGGUUUCCAACUGCUGGAGCACGGCUGGACCGAGGCGGCGGGAGUUUAUCUAGGGCAAGGCAGAGGGCUGGCGGCACAGGAAUGUCGGCAGAGGAGGGAAAGCCGCUGCGAGAAGCACCAUGUCUCUGUUAUAACUGAGUAGUCCUUAUGACCAACAUGAGCUGGAGCUUUCUAACCCGCCUGCUAGAAGAGAUUCACAAUCACUCCACCUUCGUGGGGAAGGUCUGGCUCACCGUGCUCAUCGUCUUCCGCAUUGUCUUGACAGCGGUGGGGGGGGAGUCCAUCUACUCCGAUGAGCAGAGCAAGUUCACCUGUAACACCAAACAGCCCGGCUGCGACAACGUCUGUUAUGAUGCCUUUGCGCCGCUGUCACACGUCAGGUUCUGGGUCUUCCAGAUCAUCAUGAUAUCCACCCCUUCGGUCAUGUACCUGGGCUAUGCCAUCCACAGGAUCGCCCGGUCGGCGGAGGAGGAGAAGAAGUUCAAGGGAUUCAAGAAGAAGAAGCAGUUUGCUUUGAACUGGCAGGCAGUGCGCAACAUGGAGGACCCGAUGGAAGCUGACGAAGAGGAGCCCAUGAUCUCUGACGACACGGCAGAACACGAGAAAGCCAAAGCCAAGCCCAAGAACAAAGAGCAACAAAAGCACGAUGGGAGGAGGCGCAUCCAGCAAGAAGGAUUGAUGAAAAUCUAUGUCUUCCAGCUACUUACCAGAGCUUCGUUUGAAGUUUGCUUUUUGAUAGGGCAGUAUUUGCUCUACGGUUUUGAGGUGGAAGCCUAUUACGUCUGCAACAGAGUCCCUUGCCCUCACACCGUGGACUGCUUUGUGUCACGGCCAACAGAGAAGACCAUCUUUCUCCUGGUCAUGUAUGUCGUGAGCUGCCUGUGCUUAUUGCUGAACAUGUGUGAGAUGUUUCACCUGGGGUUUGGGACCAUCCGAGAUGCCAUUCGCAACCGGAAAAUCAACAGCUUUAGGCAGCCUCCCUACAACUAUGCCUACGCAAAGAACAUCUCCUGCCCUCCUGAGUACAACCUGGUAGUGAAAUCGGAGAAGUCCACCAAGAUCCCCAACAGCCUGAUGGCUCACGAGCAGAACUUGGCUAACGUCGCUCAGGAACAGCAAUGCACCAGCCCGGACGAGAACCUCCCAGCAGACUUGUCCACCCUUCACAAACACUUGCGAGUGGCCCAGGAGCAGUUAGACAUAGCGUUUCAGAGCUACAGCAGCACCCAGGCCAACACUCAACCUUCUCGAACCAGCAGUCCCGCCUCGGGUGGCACAGUGGUCGAGCAGAACAGGGCCAACACCGCCCAGGAGAAACAAGGUGCUAAACCCAAGGCCUGCUUGGAGAAAGGGAGCUCAAGCAGUAAAGAUGGAAAGACGUCUGUAUGGAUAUAGCUUCGUCUAAAAAGAGAAAGGGCAGCGUAAGUGGGGUUUUUAUUUUGGUUUGUUUCUCUUUUUCGGUAUUGUCUUGUGUUCGUCUCACAGGGCACAGGCACAAUUUUUAUACGGAAGUCAAGAUAUAAAAGGAGUUUCAGACCAAUUUAGUGCUGUCUUCCAGUGCGUUAACAAAAGACAUUUCUUCCCUGUUUCCAACAUGUUCUCCAGCCGGGAACCUCCAGUGAGCAACAGCAAAACCCCCCCGUCUCCCACCCCUUCCGUCACCACCAGAGCCCCCAACAGAGACUGGACAAUGUGCUGUGAUGGGAAACGGAGCUGCUGGUGGCUCAGGAGAGAAGUCAGGCUGACAGCGAGCAGCUCCCCUCCUGCACGGCAAGGCUAGAGUGCUGUAGGUCAGGCAGUGUUUAAUUACUAAAUAUCCUUAAUCAAAAUUAAUUUCUGAUCCCUUGAUAAGAAAAAACAACUGACAUAUUGCAUGAACCUUCAUGACAUGCUUACAGCUGAUGUCCUGCCUGAAUUGUUAGAUGCUCUAGCAGGCAUCGCUGGAAACGAAGGCAUCGUUCGAUGCUGCGAGCCAUGAGCUGGCAUCCAAAUCAGGUUAUGGGCAGAAACACAGCGACUCUCUUACACAGGGAGACCUAAAAGCAUAGCAGAGCGCUGAAGGUUUUCAUCUUUUAUUCCUCUGCGUCGAAGCAAAAAGCAAAUACCAUCAAACACUACGCAGCAGGAGCGGGCAGUGACAUUGCGUCGUACCGGUGCCUGUGUAGCACUUGCUACAGAUAUGAUGGGAAUCGUUGCAGUUACAGUGUUUUUAACAAACUGCUGCUUCACAUCAUCAGAAAGUGCCUUUAUGCAACCAGGAAAACAAAAUCGUAAAGGGUUUAGACUUCUUUAUUUGCUGAAUUUUAGUAGAGAUUGGAAGAUCAGUGUUGGCAAAUUUGUUUUUCUGUUUAAUCAAACCCUUAUAAAUAGUGGCAGAUGGCAGACCUAUGCAUAGUGUGUAUAUGAUGUGUGUGUGUGUACACGUACGUAUAUAUACAGACACAUAUGAACAUGUGUGUGUGAAUAUAGACAUAGAGAGAUAUAUAUAAAUGUAAUAUCAACCCUGUGGUAAUUUUACAGCCUUCCACCUCCCCUGGGAAAACCCAGCUGGUCCAGGACUACAGCUGAUCUCAUCCUGGAGCAGUCUUUGGGUUUCCAGCCUCCAGCCCCACCUGGGGAACUGGCAGCUUUCACACACUUGCUUGGGGGCUCAGCAGAAGAUGUGGCUUCAGUGGGGACAGGACCAGGAUAGUAGCAGGAAGUUUUUCAUUAGUUCAUGGGGAGCUUUUUCAGCUUGGCUUGGUUUUAGGGUGGUUUUCAUGCAGCUACAGGAAUCUGGGGGCAUGUUAAAACCAAGCUGCUGAGCUCCAACGCUCCUGCUAGUGCUGAGGAUGUGCUUUGGCAGGGUGGUUUCAUCCCAUGUCUCUUGCACAGCUGCAAGGCUGUGGCUUUGUACUCCUCCAGUACCACAAAAUAGAAAGAAAACCUCAUCACUGGGAGCACAGGGAGCAUCUCCUGCCGAAUGGUAGAGGCUGAAACCAGACACUGCCCCACUCUGCCGCAUCUCAGAGCGGGUCUCAUCCCUGAGAUGUUCCCAAGAUGCCUGUGGCUUGGCAGAUGCUCUCGCAGCCUCCCAAGAGUCCAGUGGUUGAUUCACCACCAUGGAGAACCCAAAUAGGCAGAGCCUUCAAGAUCAAACUUAACACAAAAGAAGUAAAUCCUGACCGAAUACAGCACCAUCCCUGUGCUGAGCUGUUCCCUCAGGGCUGUGCCAGCCACCCAAAGUCGCAUGCAUGUCCCUGUGCCAGUAUUUUUCAUCCAUUAGAUCUACAUGACUUCUUGCUGGGAAUCUUUCUUAUGUCCUUGAGAUUGGGCCCUGAAAGCCUUGAGGAUGCAUGUUCCCCAGGUGGCUGGGCCCGUUGGCCAGUCUUGGGAACAGGCAGAGAACUUGGGUACAGCCUUCAGCUCCUGGGAACCUCGACUGAGCUGUGCCAUGCCGUUAAAGAACAGUGCUGGCAGCAAAAAAGUGGGUUUAAAAAGAAAGCAAAGAAACAUCCUACAAGGUAUCCAGCUGUAAAUAUUCACUGUGGCUUUGUGUAACAGUCUGGGAAAGACUUUCAGGUUUGUUCCUGGUCCUGCUGAAGGCAUCGGUAAAAUGCCUGGAGUGCUGCCUGCCCUCGCUGCUAGAGAUCUUCCCCUUGAAAAUGGACAACUGCAUCCAGGAGGAGGAUCAGUGCAUCCUCCCAGCAGCAAUGGUCAGGAGUAACACACAUCUGUUUUGUGGAGGGAUGGCCCUUCUGCCGUGAAGUUUGAAGGAAAGGCUUAGAAAGGUCACACUAUGGUGGUGGGGAGACAAACAUAUCCAACUGUGCUGUUGCUCCUUAUCCCACGUGUGGGAAUGUGCUGUCCUCCUGGGCUGGGCUGUACCGGGCAAUGCAGGAGAGGCUGGUUGCUGACGGUGCUGCUACCAUGAAGAUAAAUGCAUGCAGGUCCACAGCCCAGGGCUGCUGGGGAGGAUAAUAGAGGUGCUGCUGGGUGGAAACUUGCUCCCUAGUGAUUACAGCUGUCCAGGGCACAAGCUUGUCCUCCACAUCGAUGUGACUUCUCCUUUAUCGCCAGCCCUGUGUGCCAUGGGAAACAGUGUGUAUUUAAAGUCAUGAUCCCAAGGGGAGGAUGGAAACUCUGAGAGCGAUGGUUGCAUGCUGCCUGGGUUUUUCUGAUUCCUUUUUGAUGAGCAGCAGUAUCACAGCCCUGGAUAAACUCAUCCUUCCCACACAAUGCUGGAAGGCGCUGUGCUGUGCAGGAGUCCGGAUUUUGGAUUUCUCUUGCCCAUACCAGCGACACCUCCCUCAGCCCCAGACAUGGCCCGAGCAUUUUCCGAUGACUCAGAUGGGCCCCUCAGCUCAUGCUGACCUGCAGAUUCACCAGCGAGUCACCAAAUGCAGGCAUGGGCAUGUGCCUCCCUUGCUCUCACUUCUGGAAACCAUCCUGGCCUCACCAUGGGGAAAAGCGGGGGGGACAGAUUUUAAGCCAGAAACCCCAGAACCUGAUCACAGGGACCUGACUGAAUCAUUAAAUACAUUUUAUACAGCAGGGCUAUACCCCCUUCCCCAACAAUAUAGCUGGUCAGUGCCUGAUGGGAGGAGAUCCCUGGGCUCCAUGGCUGCAGGUUCAGAGACACUUAGAGGAACAGGGCUGGAAAGAACCACAGAUCUUCUCCCCAACUUGCCACCAUCAAAUGCUUCCUUAACGGCUAACAUGAAGCCCUCUCGCUGCAAUCCCUGGCGUCUCCCCUCCUCAGCAGCCACGGAGAACAUCUCAUGCCUUUAAUGGCUGCAGAAACUUUUGGCUGUUUGAAGACAGUUUUCAUCCUCCUCAAGUCUGCUUUAAGUUAAACAACUCCAGUCUCAUCAACCUUUCUCCAAGGGCUGCUUUUCUAUCAUGGUUUUCCUUGGUGUCUUUGAACCACCACCAGUCAGUCCACAUCUUCCCAAUGGUGUGGCAGCGCUGGUCCUCGGGCCACCUUCCCACUCUGCUCCUCUUCAUGCACCCAUCUGCCACCCUGGUCCUCCCCAAAACCCCAUCUUCUGCAGGCAUGGGGAUUGCUCCCCUCUUCAGGUGUGUGCUUGUACAGUCGGGAUCUUCCUGCUCCCCUUCAAACUGCCUUUUUAUUUUCACACUGCAGACCCGGUGCACCAAGGGGGUUUUGAAUGAUCUGUCAGUCCUGCAGCAGAUUUGCAGCCUCCUCCCGGCUGGUGUCACCAUCACAUUUAAUACGCACACACUGUUUUCCAUAGUGAGAGUCAAUAAUUGCAAUAUUGACAAGUACUAGAGCCAGGGCGAUCAAUGCAACCUCCUCAUCCAGCAGGGACACAGGGUAACCGCUCUCUCAACCGUCUUUCCACCCAGCCCCGCUCAUCUAUCAGGCUUGAAAUACUUCCUUGCAUAAAAUGCUUUGCAAACGGGAGCUGAUCUUGCUUUCCAAGCCUUUUGACAGGGACAGAAGCACAAGGGCACAUUCCCGACAGGACUGCUCCCGUGUCAUGGGCUGCCUGGCAGAGAUGCAAAGUGGCCUGCAAGGUUCCAGCCAGCCUGGAGGAUACCGCUGACUCCUCUGACCCUGGGGAGGAGGGACCCCAGUUCUCCCAGAUUCCAUCUGAGCCACACACAGGAGCCAGCAUGAGUCAGACAGCCCUAGAAAUAUAAAGGAUUAUUAUUAUUACGUAUACUGAGUUGCUCACUUCCCCCCUUCCUCCUCCCCUCCUUGGCCUCUAAAGCCUUUAGGAUAUUGUGUCUUUCCACCGAGUCACUGCCACAAAGGCAACCAACAUGCAUUAAUGUCUCUGCAGGAGCAACUCCUUUUGGGGCAGGAGCAAAAAUCCCGUCUUUAUCAUGUCAGUUCGGGAAGGAAAAGGAGAUGGAGGCGAAAUAAGCAUAACCACAAGCAAAAAACCCAUCACAACCAUUACAAACUAAACCAGCGUCUCGAGGAAUUUCAAUUAGACGACAGGCAGUGUCGGCCACAGAAGAAAUGUCAGUAGUAUAAUUAAUGCUUUGCUUUUUUUUUACAGGCUAGUAGUUUUGUUCACACACAAGACGGGUUUAGCUUUGUAGCUGAACUAAUCAUAAAUGUUGACUCUCUUGCUAAACUUGGUCAGAUAAAGUGCCCACGCUUAUAUUUCUGUUCUUACCAUUAAGGGCCAGGAAUGUCCCACGUAAAAGCCAGAUUACCUUGUUGCUUGCAUUGCAUUCCACUGGGAAAUACUUGAACUUAACUCAAGGCCAUAACCAGUCUGUGCUGUUACGAAGUUUCUGGGUUUGUUAUUUUUUUUUGUUGUUCAUUUUUUAAUGUACUAACUGUAUUUGUACUAGAAAUUUUUUUGAGUAUGAAGUUGAAUCUGUAAGUAUUUUUCAGUGUAAAUGUUACAUCUGGACUGUAGUUAGAAUAUUAAACACUGGUCAAAAGAGAAAGAUACAUCAGUCCAACUCUUCAGCUGACUAUUCCACAUCCAUUACUAAUAAAAUGGAAUAAAACUUA